AUGUUUCUUUUCGACGCUGUUAAGAAUACAAAGUCUACAGAACCUUUUUGGUUCAAAAUUAUAAGGGCUUUAUGCGCUGCAGUGUUCUCGCUGGUGUUUAUUAGUUACUUAUGGACUGUUAUCUCGGGGUUUGGUCAGUCGCUGUAUAUACCAAAUGUAGAAUUUACUGAAAAAUUUUCUUCUAUUAGUUAUCCGGGUAUGAAGAUAUGUCGGAAAGGGAUUGCAGAGACAGGAGAAGAAACAAUUUCAACCAGCUUCAAUGUUACAUGCGACUUGCAAACAAUUUAUCCGGAUAUAGAUGUAAAAGCUUGCCCUAAUUUCUUGGGUAGAACAGAAGAUGGAUGUUGGCAAUUUCGUCCCUCAGCAUCAUAUGUAAAUAGACCAAAUACGACUAAUCCCAUAAGCAAACCAAUAGAUAAAUUAAGAUUUUUCAUAGAUGAAAUAACGAAUUUAUCAUCUACAGACUCAAGCAACAAUUCUAUAAACAAUUCUUCCCAAUAUUAUUACACAAUUGUUCUUGACUCAUUCUAUAUCGAUAGUAAAACAUCAUUUGAAUUCCAUACACAGUCGACACCGUUUGAAAUCGACAAAUCCCCUUAUGAUGUACAAUAUAAUAUGGUGACAUUGGAUCGUGGUCAAUGGAUUCAAAUUGAAUAUUUGACAAUAAUCCAUUCUACUUAUUAUUCGUCGCAUCUUCAGGGUCAAUUGGGUGUUGCUGCCGACAAGAUGUGGCUGGAGUUCGACACGGAUGUACAAUUUAUGCCUAAACUUUCUGAGCCAUCAAAAUCUAUUUUUUAUCUACAGCCGAAGAUUCAUUAUAUUCACUAUCAAACAGAAAAAUAUGAAAAUAAUGUUUUAAAUUCCGUUUCAAGACUCGGUGGUUUUUAUUCUGCAAUAGCUGGUAUUUUCGUACUAUUAUUUGGUGCCGCAAAAUUUGCUCCUUGGGGAAUUACACAGAAAUACAUAUUUCGUUGUUGGUUCUUUCGUCGAAGCUUCAAAGAAAAUCUAGCAAGAAGAUACAUUUCUGCGGCUGGAAUACCAUUUGGCGAACGAAUAAUUGAACGACCGGAGGGUGCAAGUCUCGAAGCAAGAGUUCAGAUCUUGGAAACAUUACUUAAAGAUUAUUACUUGGAAACUUACUACCUGGAUACAUUGAAGCCAACUAUGGAAAGAUAUUUAGCUCAAGAAAGACGACAUGCGAAUCUUGAAAAUCUUACAGAAUUAGAAGAUUUAAUUGUGGAAAAUUGGUCUGAUACUUCGCCAAAUACAAAUAAGAGGACUAGUUCCUUUUUCCAAAUAUUUACUGAAAAAUAA